CACGGAGCGAUUCAUGGGAGCGGAGAGGGUUGAGUGCAAAUGAUUGGAGCUCACACGCAGCCGCCGUGAGCUCGAAAUGGGUAGCUGGCAGGAGGACCUCCCCGCACCAAGGCAGUUAGCAGUCCGUCCAACGUCUGUCAACCAACCCUCCUCCCCGUCCGUCCCUGGGACCCGCUGCAAAUCCACGACUCGUUACUGCCCCGACGGCACACGCGGCAUCACUUUACCGAGAGAGCGCGCGCCUCCUGCUCGCGUGUCGCGUUUCCGGGGCCUGUCUCAACUCGCAGGGUUGCUGGGCUCUCAAAAUAAAGCCAAAUCUCAUUUCGCACAGCUGACCCGCUCCUCUCCCUUUCACCUCCACGCGCACGGCAGCACAAGCUUCCCAAUGUUUUCCGUUACCACUCCCCCAUCCCUACAUGACGGUCGAGAUAAAAUGAACGGCGGCUACGAAACUCUACCCUCUCUAGAUCAAAAGCUAGAGUCGUUUCGAAGGUCCGACCAGGAACGAGACGCCCUCUUACAGGAAAUUGUUCGCCAGUAUGAACAGCUUAAGUUGGCCUUCAAUGAGAAAUGCAGCGAUUUGGACAACGAAGUGCAGGCACGUAGAUACUGGCAAUCACAGUUCAACGAAUCCACCCGGGCGCAGGCCGUCAUGCGCCAACAGGCCGAUCACAAUCCCUUCGUCUUAGUCCUUAUCGACGGCGACGGAGCUAUAUUUCAGGAUGCCUUCUUGAAGGCCGGUGCAGACGGCGGCUCGGAGGCGGCGAGCAAGCUGAUGGUUGAAAUAAAAAACCAUAUACUCGACGUUUAUGAGGGCCAGGCUGGCUCAUGGAACAUCAUCGUGCAUAUCUACGCCAACCUCGAGGGCUUAGGCAGGAAGUUAGCUUCCGUAGGUAUCCUUCGGUCGCCGCAAGAGCUGCAUACCUUCUCCCGGGCUUUUAGUCUGAAUCAAUCUUUGUUCAAUUUCAUCGAUGUCGGCAGCGGCAAAGAGAGAGCCGAUCACAAGAUUAAAGAAAUGCUGCGUCUUUUCAUCUCAAACAUCCAGUGCAAGCACAUUAUAUUCGGUGGCUGCCACGAUAAUGGAUACCUCGUUGCACUUGACCCUUACAAGAAUGACCCGGUGGCUGCCAAUCGGAUUUCUUUGCUGGAGACUACACCUGCCCAGCCUGCCUUUACCGGCUUAAAGUUCAAAAACGCACGCUUCGAGUCUGUCUUCCGCCUAGACGAGCUCCCAGAGCGUCCGGUCAUGGCACCGCAGGUUAUUCCUAUCAAGACCAACUCCCCGCACCAGACUAUGUCAUCUCCCGUGCAAAGCAUUAUCUCACCUCAGCAGCAACCGCUCCCACCAGCAUCUGCUCCCCCUAGAACCGUAACUCCGGCCACGUCCACAUCUACCAGCCAGUCAUGGGCGGCGGUCGGUAAGACGGGUAUGACGAGCAAAAGUAUCAGCAUUGCGCCCGUCAAACCAGUGCAGCGUCGCUACGUGUUGCUGAAUCUGUACGACCAGCGCAUCGACGAGAAAUUACCCAAGGUCGAGCGCAGUGCGCUUGAACGCUUUCACCUACGCAUCCAGAAGCAAAAGAUGUGCAACGAAUACCACCUGCGUGGCGCCUGCACGUCGCAGGAGUGCCCGUACGGCCAUGGCGAGAAGCUGAGUCCUGUUGAUAGGCUCGCGUUGCAGCACAAGGCGCGCAACAUUGCGUGCCCGCUCCUCAAUGAUUGCCGCGACGUCACCUGCUACUAUGGACAUAAUUGCCCCCACGAUGAAUGCUCACGUGGGGAUGGUUGUUACUUUGCCAUGACCCACGAUAUGGAUAGAUUUCCGAAAAUGAAGAUGUAUGAAGAUGGGACUAUCGAUAUUUUACCUUAAACAACAGAACAUACUCUGCGGAAACGUUCCUUUAUAGGCUCGCCAAGCAGGGACCAGGUGCGCGUAGGGAGCGGUCUUAUUUUUUAUUAUCUAAAUUGACAUCGGGGAGGGGAUGUUGCGGGGAGGUGGAGAGUGGAUGUCGGGGGCUAGGAGGUUAAGUUGAUUAGUGAUUGGUAGAUUUCGAUUGCGCUGAUGGAGGUGUUGGGGAUGAGGCUUCCUUUCUUACACUCUUUCACACAUUUUUAUACUUAAAGCAAGACGUUCGUUUCCAACUAGGAGU